UUCGUAGAGUCCGAGUAACAUAGGUAAAAACCAGAGAAGUCCCAUCAAGAACUCCUAUAUAUCUAGUGGCGGAGCCAGGACUUUUACUAGGGGGAUCCAAAAUAUAAAGAAUGUAAAUACACGAGUAAGUCAAAGGGAUUCAACAAUCUAAUAUAUAUAUACAUAAAAUUUAAUUCUCACCUUAUGUAUAUAGUUUAACUUUCCAGCAAAGGGAAUUAGGAUGAACCCCUUCCGUCACCCUAGCUCCGCCCAUGCCGGUAUAUCAAAAGAGAGUUAAAAAAGUUAAGAGGAUUCAACAUCUACUAUAUAUACAUAAUAAAUAAUUUUCACCUUGUAUAUAAAGUGUAAUUUUCUGGGGUUCGGAUGAACCUACUUCCGCCACCCUAGCUCCGCCCAUGCGUAUAUCAAAGGAGAGUUAAUGAAAGUCCUUUAAAAUGGUCACUAAGUGUCUGAACAAGGAGAAACAAUAGCAAUAAGAGCAACAACAAAGCAAGUGAAGAAUUAGAAAGAAUCACCUAAAACGAGCUAGAAGGUUACAGUAUAUUUGUAAAUCGAGCUUCAAUGCUUCCUCAAGCUAUAUAACAUCUACCUUGAAUCUCUAAUACUAUAGUUCAUGCGUAGCUAUUAUUUCCUAUUGGUGAAACUGAGAUUUCAUUCUUAUGCUAGCCUUUUUCAUUCCAUGUCUUCAUCUUUUUCCAUUUUCUUCCUUUUUCCGUCUUUCCAUCUCUGACAUCUGAAUUGAAUUUUAUGGCUUGAUUUUAGUGGAUAGUUACGAGUAGACGAUAAAAUAUCCAAUGGUUAGCACUAGAGGUCAUUGUCAUAGAUGCAUUUGGGACAGUGGAAUAAUCAUUUAUCAACCAUUGAAUGGAUGAAAAUUCCGAAUAAAUGAGGUACCACGGCUGAAAUCAUUUAUCUACUGCGGAAUUUCAGAAUUUGGAAGAUUAAAUAAAUGGUUAUUGCAAGAGCCACUUUGUCAUAUGGAUAAUAAGGAAAUUUCUUUUCUAUGUCAGUUUAAUCUAAGAUCAUAGGUUACUAAUUAAUUCACAAUGCUAUUAAGGAAAUAACCAGGUCAGUUUCUGUUUUUUGUUCUUUUUGAGACAUGCAUAUAAUAUCAGUCUUGGUUAAACUGCUUUCAGCAUAUGUUUCCUUGUUUUCAUCUAGAAGUUAAUCAUACUAAUAAUUUAAAGAAGUCAAAUUACCGGUUCACAUCUGCAGGUUUUUCCCUGAGGUGUUUACAAUCUUUUUCGUCUUAACUUGCUCCAGCAGAGAAAAACAUAGAAAUGGGAAAAGAUAAAGUAGGAAGCUUCGGUACUGAAGUUUGCCGGUCAAAUAAAAGGUUGGCCGAGAAAAAGCAGGAGUCGAACAGAAAGCUAAUUUUUGAUGAGAUAUUUGUUUGUAUUCCUGGAUCGCCAUCUAAUUAUAUAUUAGGCCCGUGUUUUAAGACUACACUUCCUCCGGAGCUCUCUCCUCUUUACCCCUUAGCUGAAGGAGAAAAGCUACUUCUACACUGCGUGCAACCUGAUUCGUUCAAAGGUAAGACUCUGAGGUCGUGGCCUAAUGUAAGUAGAACAUGGAUCGAUUGGGUAGAUAGAGUUGAGAAGGCAAAAUGGGAGGUGUGGAAAUCAGCUGAUAUAUAUGAUGCUAUUCAGUUGUCGAAAAUUGAUAUACCAAUGGAUAAGAAUCUUCUUUAUGCUGCCUUGUGCUAUUGGUCAAUCUCGACAAACUCGUUCCACUUCAGAUUUGGUAUGAUGGGGCCAACAGUACUAGAUAUUGUUGCCUUGACUGGACUUAGGCCGCAUGGUGAGGAAGUAAGUAUCCCUCUCGGAAAUUCUGAAUCAACUCGUGAUGUUCCCGAGUAUGGAAAAAUUAAAGAAUGCUUAACUUACUGCAAAUUUCUCGAUGUGUCAAUGGGAGCGAUGGCUGUGACAGAGGAAGAACAUAUAUCGUUUCUGGUUAUGUGGCUUUGUAGAUAUCUGUUAUGUAAUUCUUCGAUUACCAUGAUUGAGCAAUGUACGAAACUGGCUUUUGCUCUUGCUAUGGGUAAAAAGCUUGCUUUGGCACCUUUUGUGUUGUCUAAUUUAUAUCAUGGCUGUCAUGACAUCAUUACGGGUAAGUUUGACGAUGCAGCAGGUCCUUUCUGGAUCUUGCAGUUAUGGCUACAGUCUUACUUUCCCGAACAUCAACCUUCGACUUCAGAUAACGGUAAUGCUCCGACCUAUGGGUUUCCCUUGGCUGAAGGUGUGUUGAGGCCUAAAACAAUUAACCAUUACUUUCUUUUCUUUCAUAAAUGCUCAUUUAGAACAGCCAGCCAAUUCACGCCGUUUUCUUCUCGGAAGUUUGGACCUGAGUGGUUUAAGAGGUCACUUGAUCCUUACUUCCAGAAACUUAACAGGACAGAGUUAAGAGAGAUUUGGGCUAGUUAUCUUAUUGCUCGAGACCUCCCGUAUAGUAUUGUUCUAGACGAAUCUUCGAAGUGGAAAUGUGGGGUAGAACAUUAUUCUCCGAAUCAGUUUGCUCGACAGUUUGGCAUGAAACAAGCUGUUCCCCUCCACCGAUCAGCCAAUGAUUUUUCAAUCAGAGGAGAGGAAGAUAACGUCGAAGAAACAGAAUCAAGGUUUUCGCAACUAAAAAGGAAAUUCUCAUUUGUUCCAUUUAAUAUUAAUCCAAGUUCUAGAACGUUCUUUGAUUCCUGGUGGUCCACUUAUAUUAAGAAUCGGGACAAGACUGCUAUCGAUGUCCUCAGGAAGAUCUCGCCGUGUGAUAUGCCUCUCAGUCCAUCUGACAGGCAACAAGUUGCUGCUCCGAAGUCCAUUGGUAUUAAAGGUGAUUCUCAGUCUGCAGGAAAAUUUGGCCAGAAUAUGAAGAGAAACUAUAAAGGGGAUAAUAUUCCAUCACAAUCCUUUGUACAACAAGACAAGUACAGACAACAAAGAAACUCGUAUGAGGCGGCUGAAAAGAUAUCUACAAGAGGAAUAUCAUGCAAGAAGAUGAAGACUUCCGCAAUGAAAACGCCGCUGCCAGGGAUAACUUCAAGUUGUACUCCAGCGGAUGAAGAUAGGAGUAAGACCGACGUGCAAGUUUCUGGUGAUGCUACAUCGAUCUCCACCUCGUCCUCCACUUCGGAAAAUGAAGGCGAAAAAUGCACGAUUUCCCCAUUAUUAGCUAAGACCAGAAGCAAGACAUAUGACAAUAGUGAACCACUCGACAAUCCUGUGGAUAUUGAUAAUCUAGAAGACUUCUUUACUCAAGUUAGUGGACAAAUUAAACGAGCUCGAUCUAUCAGUUUUUCGACUGGCCAAUCUUCUUCCAUAUAUAACAAUAUAUCUGCCUCAGAAAAGUCUACAGCGUCAGUGGAAAUGCUCGCCACAGCAAAGAAUGACAUUGACAGAUUACUAAACAUGCCUUCUCAAGACUUGCUUCUACCUGAAAACUGUUCAACAUUAAGUGCAGCACUGUCAAUAUAUGCUUUGUCACCAGAUUUAUCGGUUGAGAGAGCGCUUUCCUUGGAGAAACUCAAAGAGAACCUUCCACAUCUUUCCUCAACCUGGCGUAGAGCUAAGAAGGACAAAGAGGAGUAUUAUAAGAAGGCUGCCAAGAAAGUGAUCAUCGUCGAUGACCUCUCAAAAGGUCAGGAACUCUACACCAACCUCAAAGAUUACAACGACAAGCUUGAACGUACAAUGGAUUCCAUCAGAAACCAAAUGAGUAAGUUGAAGGCAAGAUUGAAGGAUGCAAAGACAAAAAGAAAAGCAAUCCAGGAGCAAAAAUUGAGUUUGGCUAAGAAAUGUUUUGAAAAGUCUACUACUCUUGAUGAAAUGGAAGCUGAGUAUUCUGUUUUGGAGGAGAUGAAGGAGCUAGCUGAUUCGGAUAUUGCCCGAGUUGAAGAAAGCUUGAAAGUCUUCAAAAGCAAGAUAACCGAAUCGCCUGUGUAAAUCGCCCUUCCUAUGAUUUUGCCAGCUAGUAAUCCAGAGUAUAAGAGCAUGUAAAUAUCUUUUUUGCGACGUACUUUCUCUCUUUUGAAUGGCAUCCCUAAGUAUAGCCAAGUUGGUCAAACUUGUAAAGUGAACGAGUAGUGUCGAUCCAUGACGAUGUACUGGAGUUUUUGCAGAGUUGACAAAGCCAUCAAGAUCUGGAGAAUGAUCCGAGCUACUAUCUGUUGGUGUAUAUGGAACGAAAGGAACCGCAGGUGUUUUGAUGGAAUUUCAACUCCAACUCACACUUUGAAGGCCUUUUGCUUAGUUAACCUUUACAGUUGGAGUUUUCUUGAACUUGUAUUUAGUCCAGCUAAUUUUUUGGCUCCCUGAACUUUAAGUGAUCAUUUUUCAUGGAGCUGACAUUAUCAUCUC